AUCAGCGCUAGCCUCAUGGAUACGCACAGUGCCGCAGGAUUAUUUAGAGCCGAAGAGUCCCUUGCGUUUUCCUGGUCUCUUUUGUAAUCAUUUUUAUACCGUUGGGAUAUGAUUUAAGAAUAUCCAUUGCUUCGUACGAUUUUAGUAUCGUACUGGCAAACGCUGCAAGAAAGUGACGCGCUCUAAGAUGGAGGACAUGGAGAGCAGUCCGGGCCGGGUGACAGUGUACUCUAUCGUGGGCUGUCCUCACUGUGUGCAAGCUAAAGCCACCCUUGGGCGACUGGGCGUCCCAGUGUGUGAGGUGGAUGUGGGAAAACAUCCAGAGCUCAGGGCCAGGGUGAAGGAGCUGACCGGCCGCUCCUCUGUCCCUCAGAUAUUUUUCAACAGUGUUCAUAUCGGGGGGAAUGACGAUCUGCAGAAAAUGAAUCCCACAGAGCUGGAGAGGUUGGUUAAUUUGGUGAUGAGCGAGCCAGUUUCCAUAGACGCACCACCUUUACCUAUGGAGAGUCCUACUGAAGAUACUGCGGCAGAGUCUGAUGGAGACUUUAAAUGUGAGAGAGAUGAGUUGGCAAACCUGGUUGAGGACUUCAAACAUGGCAGUGUGAUCGGGACUCACAGGAGAGGACUGACUGUGCACAAAAAGAGCUUCUCAGGUGACCAGCUGCUUAAUUGGCUGCAGAAGGAAAAGGGCAUGGCUGGAGAAGAGGCGUAUAACACUGGCCAGGCUUUGUUGCAGAAGAAGUACAUGGUGAGUGUGAGUUGCUCAGGGAAACAGGAGGACAGUUUUGGAGGGACUCUGUUUAGGUUACUGGAGGAUGACCCCCAUUCUGCCCUCAACACAGGACAAACCGCAGCCUGCAGCCCCAUCCAGGCUGCUGAGCUCUCCCUGAUUUUACGGGAUCUAAUCCUGAAACUGUUCUCUCAGCAUCUCUCCGCCGAUGGCAAGUUUGUGGACUACAAAGGCAUGUCGGCUAACCCUGCAUUUGAGCGAUACUGUGACCUGGCCAUUCAGCUGCAGAGAGUGGAGCUGCUGUCUCUGAGCCGAGAGGAGAAGCUGGCCUUCUUCAUCAACAUCUACAAUGCACUGGUCAUCCACGGCUUUCUUCGGCUAGGGGCCCCCACCAACAUGUGGCAGAGGUACAAGUUUUUCAACUAUGUGAGCUACCUGAUUGGAGGGGAGGUAUUCACGCUUCAGGACAUUGAAAAUGGGGUUUUGAGGGGAAACAGAAAGGGUAUGGCACAACUACGGAGACCCUUCUCCAAAACAGACCCACGACUUCAGAUGGCGCUGCCAGAGGUUGAGCCUCUCAUUCAUUUUGCCUUGAAUUGUGGCGCAAAGGGCUGUCCACCAAUUAAAACAUACACCCCACAGGACAUUGAUAACCAGCUCAGGACCGCUGCAGAGGCCUUUCUAGAGAACGAUGAUGCCUGUGUGGUGGAUUCUGGGAAGAAAGAAGUUCGACUCAGUCAAAUUUUUAAGUGGUACAAGGCCGACUUUGGAGGCACAGAUGAGAAGCUGCUGCACUGGGUGCUGGACCACAUGGCAGACUCUCCGAAGAAGUCCAGCCUGCAGGAUGUCCUGUCUGCGGGGAAGACCAAAGUGUGCUACCUUCCCUACGACUGGACCAACAACAGCAGCCACUGAGCAUGCUCACACACACAGCCAGCUUUGCACACCACCCUUUGUCCUAUUCUCACUGUUGAGUCUAUUCACAUCAGAUUAAAUCAAGUGGUUCUCUACCAUGAAAAUAUUUAUGCAAUAAUAUCACUGUCCAGUGCGUUGUACUCAUGUUUGUUUUGUUUAAGACUCUCAUUAUCUAUGUAUUUCUCUUUAAACAUGAAAAAUGUAAUGUCACUAUAUACAUAGAGCAAGCAACUCAGGAGUCAUAAAGUCAUUGCACAUUUGGGGCAUUACGGAUCAUUUUAGACAUGCAGUGUAGGCAGUCAUUCGACCUCUAGCAUGCUGCCUUUGCCUUAUUAAGCCGUUUUUCAGACAGUGAAAUAAGAGCUACACUUUUGAAAAUGCAGUCAAAACAUUAAAUGCUAUCUACAUUCACAUAAAGGUUGAUUCUGCUUUGGUGCAUGGUGGGCAAUGACAAUUAUUUAUCUUUAGAUUAAAUCAACUUUACAGCUUUUAAAAGAUGUAUGACAUAUUUUCCUGUUGAACCUUUUACUCAAGGUACUACAUACUCAAGGUCUUCCAUUUAAAAAAAUAUAAGUGCUACUAAUGUUUUUUGGCAAUUUUAAUUAUGGGGGAGGAAAACAGUUGGAUUUGCCUGUAAUGAACUUGCAUGGUUCUAAACUGUUUUUAAAAAUACAUUUAUACUGAUAGCUUUUUAAGAAAAACUUGGCCUUACUGUUAUUUAAAACAUGAUUCCUAACAGGAAACAAGGAUGAUGCUGCAUGUUGAGUCCACCAUUGCAUUACAGCUGGAAUGCAUGAGCUGCAUGAUACUGCAUACGCCGAGUAAUGGAGCGCGUCUUAAAUCUGCCAUAGGGAAGACAAUUUAACGUAGACCUAAUUAAGAAGUUAAUGUAGCUCAAACUUUGGUUUAAGAAAAGUUCAUGCUUAAAUAAUUCAAUUGUUUUAAAAAGUAGCUAAGAAGUUUAUGAACAAUUUCUUUCAUGUAUAAUUGUCUUUGUGCCAGGCAUGUGAUGCAAAAACUUUAAGCACCUCGGACUACACUUGUCUUGUUUCACAAGCAAUAUGAAAGAAUAGAAAUAUGCAAUGUUUAUUAUCAAAUUAUCAAUACUGUAUUGUCUUUGUAACACUUCUUACCUUUAUUAAACUGCUUCUGAAAAUAAA